AUGGGCUUUGCCGUGACAAUUCCAGUUUUAAAUUUCGAACCGGAAGGAACAUCAGAGCUUGGUUCACUGCUAUCAUUUGACAGGGCCCAUUCCAAGAUGUUCAGCCCUUUCGGUAACAUUCCUUCUGCCUUCUCCUGGUGCAAAACAGCGAGAGAGACAAGGGCUAUGCCAGAUGAGCUGCAGAGAGGUUUUUUCCAGCAACUGAAAGUUUCUGGGGGACAUAUAUUCAACUGUAUUUUAAGUCAUGAAGGUGGCCUGCUAUGUAGAACUGUGACAAUUCAAACUUGCCCCACCAACCUUGCUCUCAAGUCUCCUGACUCCUCCAGCUGGGUCUCCACUGGCCCCCCGCACCCUCAGGGGGUCCAUAGCACACUUACCUACGUGUCGCCCUCUUGA